AUGGGAAACAAGCCGGGGUAUUGUGGGAAAGAGAGGAGUGUUAUUGUGGCUGGCGUGGAGACAUGGAGAAGAGAAACCAAUGGCGGUGUGACACGUGGAGAGAUGAGUGAAGUGAUGUACGGACUUGUUAACGUGCCAGUUUUGAUCCGAGGGGUCACGUGCGUUUGGAGUGUUGGUGACAGCAGUCUCAUUGAUUCAGUUGCAGCCCAGUCAUCUCAACCUCAGGUUCUGAAAAUGUCUUCACAUGAUGGUAGUACUCCAAGUAGUGAUCCUUCAACGGCCCAAUCAUCUCAACCUUCAAUUUCCAUGUCAAGUGGUAGUAGAGGAAGAACAGAUUUGGCAUGGGGUCAUUGUAGAGAAGCUCCUGAACUUAGUGUUGGGUGUAAAAAAACAAAAUUAGUUUGUUUAUAUUGUGCUAAAGUAUUUGCGGGUGGUGGCAUUAAUCGAUUUAAGCAACAUUUAGCUGGAGCUAAAGGAGAAGUUGAACAAUGUCGUAAAUGUCCUCCUGAUGUUCGACAUCAAAUGCUUUUGAAUCUUAAAGGAAAUGCUGAAACAAAAAAAAGAGUUGCAAAAAAGAAAAAGAUUCAAAGCACCAGCACUGUAAAACAAUCGACUACAAGUUGUGGAAAGCAGAAGAAAUCUGCAAUAUUAGGGACAUAUUUCAUGCCGAGAACAACUCCUGGUGCUCAAAAGUCUAUUCAGAAUUGUUGGCAAAGGAAGGAAGCAGUUGAACGGUGUGAUCUUGCUUUAACGAAGUGGAUGAUUGAUGCAUGUGUGCCAUUUAAUGCUGUUAAUUCUGUGUAUUAUCAGCAUGUCAUAGAUGCUGUAACAGCCAUGGGUCCUGGUUAUAAAGGACCAAACUUGAAUGCUAUUCGUGGUUAUUACUUGGCAAAAGCGGUUGAUGAAGUCAAGAUUUAUGUUGAGACUUAUCGAGAGAUUUGGAAGAAGAUUGGUUGCACAUUAAUGACUGAUGGAUGGACAGAUCAGAAGAGGAGGACUUUAAUUAACUUCUUAGUAUAUUGUCCUAAAGGAACAAUUUUUUUGAAAACCGUGGAUGUAUCAGAUGUCUCAAAGACUGCUAGAUUGUUGUAUCAGUUGUUUAGAGAGGUUGUUUUGUAUGUUGGGGUAGAAAACAUUGUGCAUAUGGUGACUGAUAAUGCUGCAAAUUAUGUUGCUGCUGGCAAGUUAUUGAUGGAAGAAUUUCCUUCAAUAUUUUGGUCUCCUUGUGCUGCUCAUUGCAUCAACCUCAUACUCCAGGACAUUGGUAAAUUGCAGUCGGUUUGUUGUGUUGUUGAGCAUGCUUCUGGUAUCACAAAGUACAUUUAUAAUCAUUGUUAUCCAUUGUAUUUGAUGAGGAAGUUCACUGGAGGAAAAGAAAUACUUUGUCCUGCUCCUACUCGUUUUGCUACCAAUUUCAUUGUAUUGCAAAGCAUUUUAGCUCAUAAAGAUGAGUUGAGAGCUAUGGUGACAUCUAGGGAAUGGGUCUCAUCUGCUUAUGCUAAAUAUAACAAAGGAAAAAAGUUUGUUGAGAGUGUGCUAGACUCUCUGUUUUGGGAAGAAUGUGCAAUAAUUGUGCGAAUGAGUGAGCCUUUAAUUCGAGUUCUACGAAUAGUUGAUGGUGAUGAUAGACCUUCGAUGAGAUAUUUGUAUGAUGCUAUUCAUCAUGCAAAAGAAGAAAUGAUGAGGAGAUUUCAAAAGAGAAAGGCUAGAGUGAAACCUUUCAUAGACAUUAUCAGUAAUCGGUGGGAUGGACAAUUUUAUAGACAUCUUUAUGCAGCGGCAUUUUGGUUGAAUCCUCGAUUUCAAUAUGAUGCAAAUAUAAUGGAUAAACAUAUGAGCACCAUUUCUGGACUUCUAGAUGUUCUUGAGAAGUAUGCACAUGGAAAUCUACCAUUGCAAAGUAAGAUUACAAGUGAGAUGAAGUUGUUUAGGAAUGCUGAACAUGACUUUGGUCGAGUGUCCGAAAUAAAUAAUUGCACCCUUAUGCCUCCAGGUAUAUAA